UGCAUUUUUUGCUGAUAGCCCCCUCGACCCAUCAAACAAACCCAGCAAAUCCUCAACUCCUCUUUCUUCUGACUCUCAUAGACUCACUCUCUCCCCGCUUCACUGAUAGGUCUCUCGCUCUCUCUCUCUCUCUCUCUCUCUCCCCCCUCCUCCUCCUCCUCCAAUGGCUGCUUCCUGCAGAUAUCCAUUGCUUCUCUCUCUAACAAUCUCCAUGUUUUUCCAUCUUACUUCAGCAUUGUUAUCUGAACCAGACAUUCUUCUCACAUUCAAGGCCUCCAUUAAAGACCCCCAAAAUUCUCUCUCAAGCUGGUCCAACACCUCCGCCACCCACCACUGCCAAUGGGCUGGAAUCACCUGCACCGCCGCCACCACCACCACACUUUCUGUCACCUCCCUCAACCUCCAAAGCUUCAACCUUUCAGGUGACAUUUCACCUUCAAUCUGUGGGCUCCCUUAUCUGUCAGAGCUCAACCUUGCUGACAACUUCUUCAACCAGGCCAUCCCUCUCCACCUCUCUCAGUGCACUUCUCUGGAGACUUUGAAUCUCAGCAACAAUUUAAUCUGGGGUACACUUUUAAACCAGAUUUCUCAGUUUGGUAACUUGAAAGUUCUUGACUUGAGCAUAAACCAUGUUGAAGGAAGCAUCCCACAAGGCCUUGGUGCACUCCACAACCUCCAAGUUCUCAACUUGGGCAGCAACUUGCUUUCGGGUAGUGUGCCUUCUAUUUUUGGGAAUUUGACUGAGCUAGUUGUUCUUGAUCUGUCUCAAAAUACAUACUUGGUGAGUGAGAUUCCCACUGACAUUGGGAAGCUUGUGAAGCUUGAGAAGUUGUUCUUGCAAAGCUCUGGUUUUCAUGGUGUAAUUCCUAAUUCCUUGGUGGGUUUACAAAGUUUGAGUGUUUUGGACUUUUCCCAAAAUAACUUAACAGGUAGGGUUCCUCAGAUGCUAGGGUUUUCUCUCAAGAACUUGGUGUCUUUUGAUGUUUCAGAGAAUAGGCUUUCUGGGUUUUUCCCAAAUGGCAUCUGUAGUGGAAAGUACCUUAUAAACCUCAGCCUUCACACAAACGUGUUCAAUGGUACAAUACCUGACUCCAUUAGUGAAUGCUUAAGGCUUGAGGUGUUUGAAGUUCAGAACAAUUUGUUUUCUGGGGAUUUCCCAGUUGGGUUAUGGUCAUUGCCCAAAAUUAAGCUCUUGAGAGCUGAGAAUAAUCGGUUUUCGGGUGAAAUACCUGAUUCGGUAUCAAUGGCUGCUCAAUUGGAGCAGGUUCAAAUAGAUAACAACCGCUUCACUAGCAAAAUUCCUCAUGGUCUUGGGCUAGUCAAGAGCCUGUAUAGAUUCUCUGCUUCUCUUAAUGGUUUAUAUGGUGAACUCCCUGCAAAUUUCUGUGACUCCCCUGUUAUGAGUAUAAUGAAUCUCUCCCACAAUUCACUUUCGGGUCAAAUUCCGGAGGUUAAAAAAUGCAGGAAGCUAGUGUCAUUGUCUUUGGCAGACAACAGUCUUCGUGGGAAUAUCCCACAAUCCCUUGGGGAAUUACCAGUGCUAACUUACCUUGAUCUUUCGGAUAAUAAGCUUACUGGUCCCCUGCCACAGGCGCUUCAGAACUUGAAGCUUGCACUCUUUAAUGUUUCCUUUAAUCAGCUAUCUGGUAGAGUUCCCUACUCUCUUAUUGCAGGACUCCCAGCUUCAUUUCUUCAAGGAAAUCCUGAUCUUUGCGGUCCAGGAUUACUCGAUUCUUGUUCUGAUGACCAGCCAAGACACCAUUCUUUUGAUUUUACAACCUUGAUAUGUGCCUUGGUAUCUAUAGCUUUUGCUGUUGGAACUCUCAUUAUUGCUGGUGGGUUAAUCUUUUAUAAUCGAUAUUAUAAACACAGAGCUCAAGUUGGCCUUUGGCGUUCGGUGUUCUUUUAUCCUCUCAGAGUCACUGAGCAUGACUUGAUGAUGGGAAUGGAUGAGAAAACUGCUGCAGGAUGUGGUGGAGUAUUUGGUAGAGUUUACAUUGUAAGUUUACCGAGUAAUGAACUUGUUGCUGUGAAGAAGCUUGUGAAUUUUGGGAUCCAGUCUUCGAAAGCUUUGAAGGCUGAGAUCAAGACCUUGGCCAAGAUCAGGCAUAAGCACAUUGUAAAAGUUCUGGGAUUUUGCUAUUCUGAUGAUUCGAUAUUUCUGAUAUAUGAAUUCCAACAGAAUGGGAGCUUGGGGGAUUUGAUCUGCAGACCUGAUUUUAACUUGCAGUGGAGUGUUAGAUUGAGAAUUGCCAUUGGCAUUGCGCAAGGACUGGCAUACCUUCACAAGGAUUAUGUUCCUCAUUUGCUUCAUAGAAAUCUCAAGUCAAACAAUAUCCUUUUGGACGCAGAGUUUGAACCAAAGCUCACAGAUUCUGCUCUUGACAGAAUUGUGGGAGAAGCUGCCUUUCAGUUAACCAUGGCUUCGGAAUCUGCUCUAUCCUGUUACAAUGCGCCAGAAUGCAAGUACAGUAAGAAAGCAACUGAAAAAAUGGAUGUUUACAGCAUUGGUGUUGUUCUACUGGAGCUAGUGACAGGCCGGCCAGCAGAGCAAGCAGAGCCAUCUAAAUCUCUUGACAUUGUAAAGUGGGUGCGACGAAAGGUCAACAUUACAAAUGGGGCUGUCCAAGUUCUUGAUCCCAAGAUCGGAAAUUCUUCCCAGCAAGAGAUACUAGGAGCUUUAGAAAUCGCUCUCCGCUGCACUUCUGUGAUGCCGGAGAAAAGACCAUCAAUGUCUGAAGUUGUGAGAUCACUUCAGUCCCUUGACUCGAAGACCCACGAGGCAGUUAUCGACUUCUCUACCUUUGAGGAGCUUUGAUCUUCAUUCUAAACAUUGGAGUUACAAAUGACUGCAAUUUUUGGUUGCUUUGUAUGUAAAUUAAACUUCACGGAUUCGGUUGUGAUGGGGGAAAGAAAGAUAAGGUUGGUUGGGCAUGGUUUUUUGUGUCUGUUGUUCAACAGAUCAUUUGGAAUUUGGCAUUUGGUUAAACUGUAAUGAGAUUUUUACAGUAUAAUAUGAAUGCCGUUAUAUAUGUUGUUGAUGCAAA